CAGCAAUAUUGCACCACCGUGGGAAAAAGGCAAAAGAGGAAAACCAUAUAAACGGUUGCGUUUCAGCUACAAUUAAACGACUGCGUUUAGCUCCGUCUUUGAUAAUUAAAAGAAAGUUUGCUCCCUGCAUCGCCGGUCGUAUAUGUACUGAUGCCACCAGAAGUCAAAACUGAAGAAAGAAGAGAGCGUAUGAGAAUUUCUGAAAUGGAUCCUUAUCACUGGCACAAGAUUGCUGCUGUUUCUGGAAUAGCAGCUCUUGGAUUGGGCACAUAUGGAUUCCAUAUCUUCAAACCUGAAAAACCCAUUUUCAAAGAGGUAUGGCAAAUUGCUUCUAUUUACCACUUUUUUCACACAGCUGCACUCCUUGCUGCCCCUAUUACCAAACGCCCACACGUUUUUGGAGCCCUUUUGACUGCUGGCAUUCUUACUUUCUCUGGGUCGUGUUACACAGCAGCAUAUCUUGAGGAUAGAAAGUUUUCUGCCCUAGCUCCAUUUGGCGGCUUGGCUUUUGUCGCAGCUUGGGCAAGUUUAUUAUUCUGAAGAUUGGAAUUUUCUUAGAACUCAUGCUGUCGAAUUAAGAAGUUUCCGAACUUCAGAAAUAUAUGCUUUGGGAUUAAACAGGAGCUUGAGAAUACCUUGCCAUACUUCUUGUCCUCUUUGUCCCGCCAUUUGUUUAUAGUGUAACCGCUUUAUAGUUAUUGUGCUUGUUAUUGUCUCUUAAGAUGCCCUGUGGAUGGAUCUAAUAAGAAUUUCACUGUUACAGAAUUCUCACUGCUCUUGGAAGCAAAUAAGAACAAACAAAUUAUUAUA